AUGACGCCUACAUCAUUCGAUGAGAAUGCCAUUCGCGCCCAGUUCCCCGCGCUGGAUCAAAAGCAAGUGUUUAUGGACAAUGCUGGCGGUGCUCAAGUCCUGCAGUCAGUAAUCACGGCAAUCACCGAUUAUUUGACCAAAACAAAUGUCCAGCUUGGAGCUUCUUACCCAGUUUCUCAAACCUCAACCAGCAAGUUUGAUGAUGGUUACAAGGCAGCGGCAAAAUAUGUCAAUGCUAGCCCCAAGGACAUUGUAUUCGGAGCUUCCACGACACAACUGUUUAGAAAUGUGGCGACCGCCCUGAAGAUCGAACCCGAUUCGGAAUUUGUUUUGUCAAAGCUCGACCAUGAAGCGAACAUCGCUGCAUGGGUCCAACUGGCGAAAUGGAAGGGCAUCACGGUCAAGUGGUGGGUGCCAUCCAAUAACACGAACUCCAACCCAAAGCUAGAGCCCGAAGACUUGAAGAAAUCGCUCAGUCCAAAGACGAGACUGGUCGCCUGCACACACACAUCGAACAUUCUUGGUACAGUCACCGACGUUGCAGCACUGUCAAAAGUGAUUCGGGAAAAUAAUCCGGAUACAUUGUUCGCAGUGGAUGCUGUUGCAUAUGCACCUCACGCACCUGUUGACGUGAAGGCCUUUGGGGUGGACUUCUAUUCGUUCUCUUGGUACAAAGUGUACGGACCUCACGUGGCACUGCUAUACGUCAGUGAGAGAGGACAGAAUGCCAUUGAGAGCCUGGGGCAUUAUUUCAAACAUGGGGACACAUUGGAAGAGCUUCUCGGACUGGCUGCUGGAAAUUAUGAAUCAGUUCAAUCCAUCCCAUACAUUACCUCAUAUCUCGAGCAAGUUGGGUGGGAGGCGAUCCAUGCUCAAGAAGAGAAGAUUCAGGAGGUUCUAUUAUCUUAUCUGCGCUCAAAGCCAGAUCAAAUCAAGAUAUACGGAGAGCCUUCGGCCGACAGGAAUCUUCGUGUACCUGUGAUCAGCUUCAGAGUCAAAGGACAGAGCUCUUUUGGGAUUACUGAUGCUGUUGAGGCGCGGUCGCCCUAUGGCUGUCGUGCUGGACACUUUUACAGCAAACGACUGAUACAAGAAGUUCUUGAGAUAUCAGAUCCUGACGAUGGCAUCGUAAGGUGUUCCUUGGUUCAUUACAACACUGUCGAGGAAGUCAAGGGUCUGGUCAAGGUGUUGGAUGAGGUUAUCAAAGAAGGGGAAGGCAAGCAACAGGUGGACCCAAGCAAGAAAGAUGUUUCGAAUUGGUAA